AUGAGCAGCUUGUAUGUUCCUUUGGUUUUACGGCUCGAAGUGAGAGACCCGUCGAAAAUUCUACAAUCAUUUAACGACGAUUCAAACGCUGGAAGUGAAUCUCCAUUUGCUGGAGAACGUACACGAAAAAGGCUGGCUAAAAAAGGGAACACACCUCCGAAAAAGGAGCAGAGAGUUGGUGGAAAAGGGGAAGAUCCACCUAUUGGAGAAAUGUCGAGUGAACCAGCUCACAGUUACCACAAAGGUCGUCGGACGUAUUCGGAAGUUGUUGUUGAGUCUCUAGAUGGUGAAAAGCUUCUCGAAACAAGCUCAGUGGCUGGAACUUCAGAAAAAUCGGGUGGUAGAUCUGUGUCAGAAGCUCCGCCUGAACAUAUCCCCUAUUAUUCUGGGAAUCCUCUCACUGAAAAGACUGAAGGAAUUAUGCAUUUUUACAAAUAUAACGAUGAAAAACUGAUAAGAUCGGCUCAGUGCCGUAUGCUGUGCAUGUAUGCAGUUCCAGCACAAGUUGAAGUUCGUGAAAUAAUAUCAUUUAUGUGCAUUUCACUUCCAAUGAUCUCAACUAUCAAGGUGGUCCGUGAUCCAGCUCCGAACCAGUACAUGUUAAUUAUCAAAUUCAAAGAGCAUAAUGACGCUGUAACUUUCUAUGAAGAAUUUAACAACUGCCCAUUCAACGAUCUUGAGUCACACUGUUGCACCUUAUUCUUUGUGGAUCGUAUUGAAUGUACCACAUCUGACAGUCUUCUAUCUUCUGAUGACACUUCUCUAACUGAACUUCCAACAUGUGCAGUUUGUUUGGAACGCAUGGAUGAUAGUGUUCUCGCAAUACUGUGCAAUCAUUCGUUCCACGCUCAUUGCCUUGAACAAUGGGCUGACAAUACUUGUCCCGUCUGUCGAUAUGUUCAGUCUCCAGAAGUAGUUGCGGAACAACGCUGUAGUGAUUGUGGAAUGAGUAACGAUCUAUGGAUUUGUCUCAUUUGUGGAAAUAUAGGAUGUGGUAGAUACGCAGAACAACAUGCUCAGAGACAUUGGGAAUUGACAUCGCAUACAUAUAGUCUGAAAGUAGGAGGUGAACGAGUUUGGGAUUAUGCUGGAGAUAAUUACGUUCAUCGUCUCAUCGAAAAUCAAGCUGAUGGGAAAUUGGUUGAGUAUCAGAGGGAUAUGAAUACGAGUAUUGACGAGAAGAGCAGCAAGGACGACAAAUUAGAGGGGAUCAAACUUGAGUACACUCUUCUUCUGACCAGUCAACUUGAAGACCAACGGAAAUACUUCGAAGGUCAACGACAUGAUAUGGAGCAGACUAUGUCGAAAAUGGAGAAGAUGGCGUAUGCUCAAGUUGAAAAUCUCGAGCAUCAAUUGGCAGAGCGUUCCACCGAACUAAAGUCUCUUCGUGGAGUAGUUGAUGAAACUGUAGCGGCAAGACAAGUUGCCGAGAAAAAAGCAGCGCAGACAUACGAGAAAGUUUCAAAGUUGUCCAACGAAUUGAAGGAUGAGCGUGAAAUAAAUCAAAUGUUGAGAAAAGAUCAACAAGUUUGGAAAGACCAAGUUGAAAAACUGAUUGGAAGCCAAACGACGGCACGAGUAGAAUAUGAAAAGAAAAUUGACGAUCUUCAAUCACAAGUGAACGAUCUCCUUAUGCACUUUGAGACACAAAACAAAUUGAAAGAGCAGUUAGAUGCAGGAAAAGUCACCCAGGAGGAAAUCAUUGAAAGCCAGGUUGGUCUCGACACAUCUUCAUCUUCAUCGUCGAAAAAGAUUCAGAGAAGAAAGAAGAAUAACAAGAACUGA